AUGUGACAUUAGGACGCUGCUAUUUACGCAUGCGCGAGGUGGGCGCCAUCUUGGACCGCCCAAGACGGCAACUCCACUGGGACAAACUUAAUAAGUGAAAAUGAACUGUCGCUGCCCAAUUUCAGUUGCGCAUGUAAGGCGCAUCUGAAAUUGGGCAACUUAAACUUAAAACCUCUUAAGUUUAGUAGGGAAUCUCUUCACACUCAACGUUAAUAAAACAAAGUUAAAAAUGAUGGCUUCUGACUAUCAACCAUUCCUCGUCGUCCACUCCUCCACGGUGUAUAGUGUUGUGUAUAUAAAGUAAAGUGUGUUAUAAGUGUGUUUAUAAAUACUUUUGAAAAUUAUAUGUGUUAUACUACUCUGCCAUAAAAUAAUAAAACAUAAUAAUAAUAACAACAAUAAUAAUUACUAUUAUAAUUAUUAUAAAAAUAUUUAGACGAGGAAACAAAUAUUCAUAAUCACCAAAAGUGUAGCAAAAUGGCUUAAAUAAAAGCAAAUUAAUAAAAAAGUUGACUGAUGACGACUUAACUUUACUUAAACACCAGAGGGAGCCAUAGACCAACAAAUUCUUCCGUGUGUCGUUAGUGUGACACAAUUAUUGAGAAAUGUUCAGAAGGUUCGUUUUUGUGUAAAAAUAAAAAUAAGCCGAAAAAAUGAAACCGAACUAUUCAGCAAUAAAUAAAUAAAUACAUAUCACUUUUGAGAAAUGACAUGUUUUGAAACUUAAAGUUUAAAGAGAGAGAGAGGGGGAGAGAGAGAGCACGAGGGGGGCGUGUCCCAGUUACUUCCCCUCCUCCUCCCCCUGCUCCCGAACACUCGGUUUCAGGCACCGUCAGUCUUGGAUCAGGUCAUACCACGACUGUACUGGAGGACGAAGUCCUGUCAAGAACAGGAUAACAUCACGGACCAAUUGGAUACCAGGUUCUGAGGACUCUAUUCCAGGAAUUAUGUGAAUUAUGUUAUAUGAGAUUUGACUUUAUCACAUUUCUUUGAGUUCCUCCUCGAUUUAAAGGAGUAAAAAAAACGCAUCUCCCCCGGAGAUGGAGCCUGAGGAGGGGAAGAUCUCCGUGUGGGUUUGCCGAGAGGAGAAGCUCGUCUCUGGCCUCACCAAACGAACCACCUGUGCUGAUGUGGUUCGAGUCCUGCUGGAGGAGCAGGUCCUGGGUCAGGGCGCCGCGGCAAUGCUGUCCAGUUCUCCUGAGUCCUACUGUGUGGUGGAGAAGUGGCGAGGCUUCGAGAGGAUUCUGCCGAACAAAACUCGGAUCCUGCGGCUGUGGGCUGCCUGGGGAGAGGAGCAGGAAAACGUACGCUUCGUCCUGGUGAAGAACGCAGCGUCUUUGCCCAACACCGGCCCCCGCAGCGCUGAGGCCCGGGUGGUGCAAAGUCGGGAGAGCGGGUGUCCGGGCGGUGCGCUCGGCAGAGGCACGUCCAGGAGCUGCUGGAGCGCAGCGGCCGCCGCCGCCAACCUCACCCAGGAGAAGCAGAGGCGCAUCGUGCGCAAAGCUUUCAGGAAGUUGGAGAAGAUGAACAAAAAGAAGGAGCAGACGCUGUGCAAAGACCAGAGCUCGGUGGAGAAGAUGGAGACGCUGGUGCAUCUGGUCAUCUCUCAGGACCACACCAUCCGCCAGCAGAUCCACAGGCUGAAGGAGCUGGACCGGGAGAUCGAGCGCUACGAGGCCAAAGUUCACUUGGAUCGCAUUAAAACGCACGGAGCCAACUACGUGCAGGACACGUACAUGAUGGACACCUGCGGCCACGCACCCACUGUCUCCCCAGACUGCGUGAAGAGGCACAGUCCCAGGGCGCAGUGGCAGGACGCGCCGUGCGCACCCGCGGAACCUGCGCUGGCGCAGUUCGAGGAAUACGCGCGUUGCUGCGAAGAGGUGGUGCGGCUACAAGAGGAGCUGACGGAGCGGGAGGCGCUGGUGGAGAGCAUCUCAGGUGAGAUCCAAGAGGAGUUAAACCGGAGGUGGAUGAAGCGGAGGCGCGAUAUCGGGAGAGCUGAGGAGGAAGCCGUGGCAGCUGCUGCCGUCGAGGCAACGGAGUUGCGGCUGGCAGCUCUUGGCGGCUCUCCUGCAGCUGUGGAGGCAGAUGUUGAGAGUUUGUCUAAGAGUGAACUCGUCCUGGAGGAGGAGGAGGAGGAGGAAGAGAGGAUCCAAACACAGCUAGACACCAGUCUGUACAUCGGCCUGCGGCUGAAGACGGACCUGGACACCAUCAGAAGCGAACUGGACCUGAGUCUGUUCCUCUGGGAGAGUAAAGAGGGAGAACUGCUGGAGCUGCUGGCCAGAGCUGAGAGCACAGAGGUGGAGCAGGUGACUGAUGGUGGGGAGGAGGAGGAGGAGGAGAAGGAGGAAGAGGAGGAGGGUGAGGGUCACCUGAAGGGUUCAGUCGGCACUGACAGUGAACCUGUAACCACAGACAGUACCAGUGGUGCUGGGGGCUGGAUGGAGCAGGCCAGAGGUUUGUCCAAAUCCUGCAACACCAACGACGAUGACUCGGACACAGGUUUGAGCUCCAUGCACAGUCAGGACUCAGACAACCCACCUGUCUGUGAGUCACUGGUGUAGAACCUACUGGAAGUUCAUUUGUUGGAAUUUUCUGCAAAAACAAAAUUCAAUAAAACUCAGGGUCAGAGAAUCAGGGUGGAGAUGUUCCUCCACCUCCUCCUCCUCCUCCUCCUCCUAAAGAGCACCUCAGGGUGGAGACUGUUCACCUGCAGCAAAAAUGUAGCUGUUGCACAAUAAUAAGCUGGGACCAUUUUAGAUCAUGAAUGUUUGAUGUCAGACACAAACGUAGGUUUUAAAGUUUUAAAUCUGGGAAUUUGAGGUUAGGUCAUCACGAUGAAAACAAAAACGAAUGAAAAGGUGAAUUUAAACUCUUAAAGUCUGGACUCAAAAAAAAAAAGUUUUGGCUGUUAAAUUCAUUCACCUUAAAAUAGACUAACUGCUGGUGUUAGAUUUGUUUACAUCAUAGUCUAGCUAAGUUUCUGAGCAGCACCGUGGGCCACAUUCCUUUGGACCACAAAUAAUGUGGACAGAACUAUUUAUUCUGGCUUUAUGUCGGACCAAAUAAAGGUUGUCUAGUCUACACGUUAGAUCCAGCGUCUAGCCUACGUUAUUCUGGUCUGUUUCAGAUGAGAACUACUAUGUGCCCCAUAGACCAAAUGUAUUACUUUAAUAAAUUGCCUUUAAAGUUAAAAAUGGCUCUGCUUCCCUGUGAGAUAAAAAAACAAACAAACAAAAAACAACAGAAGCAGCAACAAAAAUAUACUUCAGAUACUGCAGUACUGUAGUACCUGCUCUAAAAGUGUAGUUUUCACUUUAACGAUGAUUGGUUGGAGAUGUUUAGUCUGCCCUAUCAGCACGAGAUGAUUUUAUUUAUUUCAGUCUUCACCUUCAUUUUGUGUGAGAAAGACGGAGAAGAUCCCGACCCGUCACCUCUGUGGGCGUGGCCUCCAAAAUGUCAUUCAUAAAUUUGAACAACAUUAUUUAAAAUACAAUAAUAUGUUUACAACGCAAGAAAGUGUCUCUAUUAUUUAUGAAGCGUUUCUAUAAUCCAGAGUGUGGGCCACAUUACUAAUGAGUUGUUUAUGUAAUCCAGAGUGUGGGCCACAUUACUAAUGGGUUGUUUAUGUAAUCCAGAGUGUGGGCCACAUUACUAAUGGGUUGUUUAUGUAAUCCAGAGUGUGGGCCACAUUACUAAU